AUAGAAUAGACUUUAUUGUCAUUAUCACAAGUACAAUGAAAUUGAGAUGAAAAGGCUCUCUGGUCUGUGCAUAGAGCAAUAAAUAAUUUAUAUAAAAUAGAAAAAUAGAAGUAGUUGUUAAAACGAUAAAAUAAAACCACAUGUUCACACAUUCAUAGUGAAGCACAUUAUUGCAUCUCCUUUACAGUCUGGCUGUGCUGAGUUUAGCUGCUGCAGUUGGAUAAAAUAUGUUGUUGAAUCUUCUUGUCUUGCUUUAAUGGGUCUGUAGCAUCUGCCUGAUGGUACCAGUUCUAACAGAGCCUGACCCAGGUGACCAGGGUCCUUUAUGAUGUUCUGGACUUAUUGGGGACAGCAGGAACUGUGUGAGGAGAGGACAGCCAGUGAUCCUCUGGGCUGCGUCUGAGCCCCUCUACAGUUGGUGCACCUGACACAGAUGCAGUAGGUCAUUAUGCUCUCAAUAGAUCACCUAGGGGAGGACACCAGCAGUCUCUGUGGGAUGGUAUUUCUCCUCAGAACCCUCAGGAGGUGCAGUCGUCUCCUAAAGCAGGAUUGGUUUGUAACCAUUUCCAGACUGAUGGAUGUCAAGCACUUACUUCAGUAAUCAGGCCUGGUGCUGACUGGUGAAACUGAACCAAAAACAUUGGGUUAGUCACAGGUAAGUCAUGAUUUAACUAGGAAGGGGAUCCCUUGGUUUGGAUACAUUUUUCCUUAAUAAAUGAAAACUGCUUUUUGUUUUUACUCGGGUUAUCUUUGUCUGAUCAUAAAAUUGAACUGGUGUUUAGAAACAUUAUCAGUGUGACAAUAAAAAGCUGUUAAACCUUAAAGAGGGUAAAUACUUUUUAACAGCUCUGUUUGUUGGUGUUUUUUUUUUAUUUUUGCCUUACGUCAGGCUGAGCUCUGAGCAGCAGAGAUUUUUCCGCCGUGUGACCUUUGGCAGUUUCACAGUGACUCCUCCGGACUUUCGGCCUCUGAUUGAUGCAUGCAUGAAGCAGACUGGGUUGGGUAAAGAAAAACCAUCAUUUGGAAGGAAAGCCAUCAAGGAGAAAUACAGCAACUGGACAGAGUUUCUCAUUCAGGACCUGACCGGGUCCAGGACUGCACCGGCCAACCUGCUGGAGGGGCCGCUGCGAGGGAAGAACACGGUGGAUCUGAUUGUCGACGGCUCCGUCUUGGAGCUCCGGGACGUUUCUGACCCUCUCCUGUGCUGGCCGGUGAGAGUCGUCCAGAACAUCGGAGGGAGGCUCCGGCUGCGUCACGUCGGCCUCACCGAGGAUCACCGGGUCCAGGACAUUUGGCUUUUCUACCUGGAUGUCAGGCUCCGCCCACUUGGCUGGGCUUCUGAAAACGGCCUGGCCUUAGAACCACCGACAGAGCUCAGGCCGUUGAACAGUGAGUCUGAUUGGCAGCAGGCUCUGCAGGACGCUCGGCUGGACGGACAGAAGAACCCGCUGCCACUGGAGGUGUUCAAGGACCACAUGGACCUGCCCAAGCACUCGUUCAGGACAGGCAUGAAGCUGGAGAUGGUUUCUCCGUGGGAACAGCUCCAGAUCUGCCCUGUUUCUGUCACCAAGGUCUACAAUGAGAUUUACUUCCAGGUGACGCUGGACGACCUAUCUGCGGAUGCUACGACCCGCUCCGUUGUGUGUCACGCCAACUCGCCCGGCCUCCUGCCCGUCCAGUGGUGUCUAAAGAACGGCGUGGCGCUGGAGAGGCCUCUGGGCUGCGAGGGCCAGGACUUUGACUGGGCUGACUACCUGAAGCAGACCGGAUCUGAGGCAGCACCAGAUGCCUGCUUUCCUGAUACUUGGCAGACUCGAGGUUUCGCCAAGGACAUGUGGCUGGAGGCGGUGAACUCUUGGCGGCCGGAGGAGGUGUGUGUGGCUCAGAUCACUCAGGCUCGAGGACGCCUGCUGUGGCUCCGACUGGAAGGUGUGCUGAAGCCGCUGUCAGAGUGUAUCGUGGACGUGGAGUCCAUGGACAUCUUCCCCGUUGGCUGGUGUGAAGCCAACGCUUACCCUCUGACCCCUCCAAUCAAGCCCGUCUGCCAGAAGCAGAAGAAGAUCGCCGUGGUUCAGCCGGAGAAACAGUUGGCUCCAUCGCAGCCGGCCGAGCCAGCUCCUGUGAACCGCUGCCAGCCCGUCGCCAUGGAUCCAGGCUCAACCAACGGCCGUUACUGCUGCUCCAGGAUUUUUGUCAACCAUCGCUGUUUCUCAGGGCCUUACCUCAACAAGGGGCGCAUCACAGAGCUGCCGCAGGCUGUGGGACCCGGGAAAUGUACCUUGGUCCUGAAGGAGCUGCUGAGCAUGCUAAUUAACGCCGCCUACAAGCCUGGACGAGUCCUGAAGGAGCUGCAGGAGCUGGAGGACCAGAGCUGGGAAUGCCAGGAGGAGACCCUCAAAGCCAAAUACAAAGGGAAAACCUACCGCUCCACCAUCCGGAUAGUUCGUCUGGCUGAGCAGAUCCCAGAUUUCUGCCGUAAGGUGUGCAUGAAGCUGCAGUGCUGCCCCAACCUCUUCGGCACUGCCCUUGUUACCGACAAGUGCCCCGAGAACUGCUCGGUCCAAACUAAAACCAAAUACACUUAUUACUACGGGAAAAAGAGGAAGCUUUCCAAAGCAGCGGGCGGAGAGGAGGCAGCGGGAGGAGAGCCAGCCAAGCCACCGCGCCGCAGGAGGAAGAGGAAGGCUAUCUUUGUGCAGAAGAAAAGACGCUCGUCAAACAUUGACUACACUCCUGCUGGCUCUCCACAGGACAGCGAUGAGGCAGAGGACGAUGAAGACCUGGCGCUGCAGUCCGGCAGUGAAGGCACCAGCUCAGAGCCCCGUGACGACCACACAGACGCCUCGUUGGUUGAGGUGACCAGCAGCAGCGGCAGCCGGCGUCCCCGCCGAGCCGUGACACUUCGCAGGGCCUUCAGCGUCGGGACCUUCACAACCAUCCAAGAGACUCCAGGGGCCUGCAGGCGAUCGACCCGGUCCCUGUCUGCCCACCACCAGAACAACAAGUACCAGCCACAGAAAGGACAAGACGUUAAGGUCGAGGAGGACGACGGCCAGCUGGUUCUGGACAGGAACCCGCUGGAAUGGAGCGUAGACGAAGUCGUCCAGUUCAUUAACUCCACCGACUGUGCGUCACUGGCAAACAUCUUCAGGGAGCAGGACAUCGAUGGCCAGGCCCUGCUGCUGCUCACUCUGCCCACCGUCCAGGAAUGCAUGGACUUGAAGCUCGGGCCCGCCAUCAAACUGUGUCACCAGAUCGAGCGUGUUAAGGUUGCCUUUUAUAAACAGUUCGCCAACUGAGCCCACCACCGGACCCCACUCAGCCUGGAGGCAUGUCUUCUCUGGGGAGGAAGACUAUUACCUGCCUGCUCAUGUUUUCCUCAAAUUACAAGAAGAAAUUUGAGAAUUUUUAUUGGUUUUUUGAAUCUAUUGAACCUAAAAGCACAAAGAGGGUGACAACAGAAUGCUAUAUCGAGGGAUUUAUUUUGGUUCUUUUGCAGUACCCGAAAAACUUCCUGAAUUCCCUGCUGAUGAUCCGUGUGCUUUGCUGAUCUGUGAAGAAUUUAUUUUCAGGAGAAAUGUUUAAUUUCAUUGUUAUUUGGCUCAGAGGGACAUCCUAGCUGGUUUUUGUUGGUCUGACCUGAUUGGUUCCCUAAACAUAUAAUCCAAGAAUAUUUAACUUAACCAAGUAAUAUAUUUUGUUAUAUUUAUUAUGAUCUGGAUAUUUAAGGUAAAUUUGGAAGUAAAUUCUUUAGAACAACAACAGGAACCUUUAAAUUAAAAAAACUGCACUCUCUCCUUAUUGUUAUACAAAAACAGAUACAUCAGCUAAGAUAUUUUGUAUCCAUCUAUGCAAUUGUGUUGCAGAUAUUUUUGAUAAGAAAAUAAAUUUCUAUGGAUUUGUA